GGAAGAGAGAGAAUUUGGUUGAACAAGGAAGCUUAGCUUUGACACACUUGACAGAGCAGAGACCCACAUACAUACAUAGACUUUAUUAUUGGAUCUAUCUAACUCAGUUCCAUUACAUAUUGGUUGACUCAGUCAUCCCGGUCGCUUAGGGUCGGAGGCGGACCAAACCAAAACCCUAGUCUUCCAUAGAAUUAGAGAGAGAGAGAGAGAGGAGGACAUGGAAGACGAUGGUAGCAGCGGAAGUAGCAGUAACUUGGAAACUAACAAGUCAGAGAGGGCGGUUUGGCUGAUGAAGUGUCCGUUGGUGGUGGCCAAGUCAUGGCAGUCUCACCCUCCCUCUGAUCCUCACCCUCUUGCAAAGGUUGUUCUCUCCCUCGAUCCUCUUCACUCCGACGAUUCCUCUUCUCUCCAGUUUACGAUGGAAAUGGCUGGCGCUGAGUCUGGAAAUAAGCCCAAAAGUUAUUCUUUGAAUAUGUUUAAGGACUUUGUUCCUAUGUGUGUUUUCUCCGAGACAAGUCAAGGUGGUAAGGUUGCAGUAGCGGGGAAAGUGGAACAUAAGUUUGACAUGAAGCCUCAUGGUGAAAACCUUGAAGAGUAUGGCAAAUUAUGCCGUGAGAGGACGAAUAAGUCCAUGAUUAGAAAUAGACAAAUACAGGUGAUUGACAAUGACCGUGGAGUGCAUAUGAGACCCAUGCCCGGGAUGAUUGGCUUUAUUACAUCUAGUUCCAAGGAUAAAAAGAAAGCAGCUCCAGUGAAACAGUCAGAUAUGAAAAGAACUAGAAGAGAUCGUGGGGAACUGGAGGAUAUAAUGUUCAAGUUAUUUGAAAGACAACCAAACUGGGCUUUGAAGCAGCUUGUUCAAGAGACUGAUCAACCUGCGCAAUUUUUGAAGGAGAUACUGAAUGAGCUCUGCGUGUACAAUAAAAGGGGAACUAACCAAGGAACUUAUGAGCUUAAGCCGGAGUACAAGAAAUCUGUUGAGGAUUCAAAUGCUGAAUGAGUCAAAAAAUUUAUAUGUACCCUUUUAAUCACUAGCCAUCUUAUCAUCGGAGGAAAGAGUGUAGGAAAUGAACCUACAAGAAUGUUAGGGCAUGGUUAGAAGCUAUAUAUAAAGGAGGAGAAAGUCAUACUCCUGAUAAGGUAGCAUUAUUAAUAAUCCAUAAAUGAACCAAAAAAAAGGGAAAAAAAGGAGUCCCCAUAAACUUGCUGAACAAAUAUUGUACAUCUGAGUUGGUUUUUAUUAACUCUGUAGCUGUAGGUUUACUAGUUUGUAAACUUUGUUUAUUUUCUAUCUAUUGUUUCUCUUAUACUCU